AUGAGCCAACAUCUCGAACAGAAACGAAGGCAAAAACAAAUUCAAGACGCAAUUGAUAAAUAUCAAACUUCUCUCAAGACUCAACAAUUAGACAUCGAUAAAGAAGCAAAAGCUCUCUUUGAUUUAACCAAAUUUUUAACUCGUUUUGAGGAGAACAAACUUGCUUUUGACUCACGAGGAAACUUGAUUCGGGAUUUUCUAAUUAAACACUAUGAUGCUCAUAUCUGUGAUGGAACGGGAGAAUUUCCUCAAGAGCUGUACAGCAAUCAAAUGAUUUGGGAUAUGUGGCUCAUCUUUUCCGAGUGCUACACUGAUGAUCCCAUCACUAAUUUGCAAGCUUUACUUCGGUUUGCACCAAGUUAUCCAAAAUUAUAUGAAACAUGGGCAUUACUGUGCAGAAAAAGUGGUCUUCUUGAAGAAGAAGCUACUGUUUAUGAAGAAGCUAGGGCCAGAGAAGUCGUCUAUACAGAGCUAUUAAGUAAUAUGGAAAAGGAAUAUAUGGAACACAUGUCAAGCCAACAAUCUUCAUUGCAUCAAAUUCCAUCACAAUUACAAUCGCAACAUAGGGGCACAAUCGUUGUAGAAACACCAGAAUCAUCAUCUCAUCGAAAGAUGAUGGUACAAGCAUCACCAACUUUGAGUUGUGCAGGAUAUGACAAGAAUCUAGUUUUUAAUGGUGUGACCGAGUACACAUUUGAAGAAUUACGUGCCAUGCAUUAUUUACAAACCACCUCACUCAUUGUGAAUCAUCAUACAGAGACAUUUGUUUCUGAAGAAAAAAAGAAUCUCAAUACAACCAUUCCAUACUCGAGUACGACAGAAAUUUCAAAACGACCAAGUCAGGCAAUUUCACAACACAAAGCUGAAGAGGCAGAUGAAUUUUCAUUUGAUUUUGCAAGUGAUAUAACACGACAAAUUCCAACAAGAAAGUCCAUUGUAGAAGCAACUCCAACUUCGUAUGCUUACAGGACUAUUGAUAGUAUGUUCAGAGGUGAAAUAGAUAGUGAAUUAGAAAACAAUUACUUUGAACAGCGAAAGCUUCGAAAAGCUCAAGAGGGAACUUUGGAUGACAAGAAAAGAAAACGAGAUGAUUUUCAUCACUCUUCUCAAGAUGACGACGAGCAUGGUGUGAAUGACACUUUGAAAAAAGCUAAAUCUAUUAGUACCAUGAAUAACACUAGGCAAUUACUUCCAAAACCAAUAAGCAAACAACCUACAGAGAAACAAAUUCAAGUUCAUAGAAAUCGAUCUCUGAGUGCUUUUCAUCAAUUCAACAAGGAGAAUGAUGAGUCAGGAAUUAUGUAUUUUGAAGAGGACGAACAUAACCUUUCUAAAACCAUUAUUAUUAGCAGAGAUGAGACAUACAAAUAUGAUGUCAAGAAUAUUCCAGAACAAUUGAAAAAGUUCAUUGCGAAUGGAGUUGUCAAUCCAUUUUCAGAAGAUGUUCGAAAGAUUUGCUCAAAUAUUGUCAAUAUUUCUAAUUGCUUUAAUGAUUCUCGAGUUUCAAAUUGCAAAGGAUCAAGUCUAACAGAUCUAAACUCUAUUCUCAAUGAACUAGCUCAAAAGAAAAAGAACAAGGACAGUUACAAUUCUCAAAUGUUAAGCUUAAAACUGAACACAAAGACAUAUCUCAUCGAGGAUAAGCUGUCUUGUCACGUGAUACAAAUCCAAGAUUUGAGAAAUAACAAUGGAAUUAAUCAUCGAUCAUUUGCUCUCAAGUUUAGACCUCCCAAUGAUUUUUAUGAAUAUUACAUGGUUGAAGAGUUAAUGAGGCGAAUACCCGAAGUAGAUUCUCACAGAUUCCCAAACAUUCAACGUGUUUAUGUGUUUGAUAAGAACACACUUUUAAUGGAAAAACUUGUAAAUAACAUUACUCUGCAGCGUGCAAUGGAAUCUGGAACAAAAUUGGAAGAAACAAUUAUACUGUAUUAUACUUUGGAACUUUUAAAUAUUUUACAAAGUUUACACAAUAAGGCAAACAUGGUUCAUAACUCCAUUCUGCCCAACAAUUUACUAUUAUUGAACGAAGAUGGAGCAGAAUUAUCAGAUUGGACAAUCAACGGAAAAGGAUGGAACACGAAAGGUUUAAUGUUAACAGACUUUUCCAAAGCACUCAAUCUUGACCUAUUUCCAAGUCAUGUGAAAUUCUCGUGUGCAGCCGACCCAAAAACUCUUCCUCAAGUAUUUACAAACGUUUCUAGACAUCCUUCCUCGUGGAAAUAUUCCGCAGAUACAUGGAGUGUUUGCUCCAUUCUACAUCAAUUAUUAUUCAAGAAUAACAUGGAAGUGUUGACAAAACAAGAUCAAUAUCACAUCAAAGAGUCAAUUCGACGCUAUUGGAAGUUUAAGGAUAUUUGGCAAUAUUUAUUUGAGACGUUGUUGAAUCAAGAUCAACGGCAUCCAAACCAAAGACCAGAUUACUCGAUAUUGAUUUCCAUGUGUCAACAAGCGCUAGGAUCAUCCGGAGAUACCGUUAAGGCAUUGUUUUUACGUUUCAUUGUUUCCUUGUCCUCCAAAUAA